UCGAAAAAAGUCAAGUGUAUUUUUCCUCUUGCCAUGAAACAUAAAAAUAACUAACCAACUACUUGCUGUGACGUUCUCUUUCUCCAUUCAUUCCGAAUUCUCGACUGAAAAAGCGACAUGUUCGGAAAGGGGUUUUCAACAUGAGGGGAUUGCAACAUGUGUCAUUCACUGGUGUAAAGAAGUAGGGGGCUCGUUUGAAUAAAGAAAAAAGUCUUCUCCGACUCUAUCGGUCGACUUCGGUUCAAACAAAAUAACACCAGCCAAAUCAUUUCAUUCGCGUCGCGAACACUUUAGGAACAAGCUGCUAGAUAAACACCCACCUUUGUUGAAAGAUAUCAAUAUUAUUUUUUUGUAAUUGCGAAAAUAAUAGCUAUCCGUGGUGGUAUAUAUCAUUUUCCAUACUUUUUAUAACGUUGGCUAUCAUAAUUAUACUUUAAUUUAAGAUACCAAGAAAAUUUUGUUAUUUUUCCUGAACAUUAUUUUUUUGUUUACGUUUACGACUUUUACUCAUUCUUGUUUCGAUUUCUGUUGAAAGGAGUUCGUCGUCAGAGUUCGAUACCUAAGCGAAAUUUGAAACGAUACCUACGAAAAAAAAGUGAUUGCAAUUUUGAGAAACAUAUAGCUUUUUUAUACUCUCUUUUUUUUUAAUUUUUUAAUUGCUUUUUUGGAGAGAGAGAGAGAGAGUGAGAGUUUUUGUAAUUUUUGUUUUGUGUGACUGUAAAUUAUAAACAAGAAAUGCAGCUUUUUGGCGGAAUCGAAGGUGGUGCAACCCACUCCCGCUUGGUGAUUUGCAAUGCUGAAGGUGAAUGCAUAGCCCAAACAACUGGUCUGAGCACAAAUCACUGGAUGGUUGGUAUUCCGGAAUGCGCUCGACGAAUUGCUGACAUGGUCCAUCGAGCUAAAUCAGAAGCUCAAAUAUCAAACGAUACACGUUUGACUAGUUUGGGUUUGAGCUUGAGUGGCUGCGAACAGGAAGCCACAAACCGACAGCUUGAAAAUGAAUUGAGGGAGUCAUUCCCCGACCUUGCUGACAGCUAUGUUGUUUGCAGUGACACUGUAGGCAGUGUGUUUACGGCUUCUCCUAUUGGUGGCCUAGUUUUAAUUUCCGGAACCGGAUCAAAUGCUUUGCUACGUAAUCCAGAUGGAAAGUCAUAUUCGUGCGGUGGAUGGGGCAAUUUUCUCGGUGAUGAAGGCAGUGCCUGGUACAUCGCCCACAGAGCCAUGAAAAUAGUUUUCGAUGAUGUUGAUAAUUUUGAAAAAUCAAAAUACCCAAUCGAUAGAGUAUGGGAAUUAAUUCAACAACACUUUAACGUAAAGACUCGCUUAGAUCUAUUGGACCAUUGCUAUGCCAAAUUCGACAAACCAUUCUUUGCAAGUUUGUGCCAAAAAUUAUCUAAAGCAGCCGAUGAAGGUGAUGGUUUGUGUCUUUUCCUCUUUCAAGAAGCUGGUCAUCAUUUGGCCCGUAGCACAAUUUCCUUACUUCCCAAAGUUCACGAGGAGCUAGUCAAGAGUGGUGAUUUACAUAUUGUUUGUGUUGGAUCAGUUUGGAAUAGUUGGCAUUUAAUGCGUGAAGGAUUCUUGCAUGAACUACGAAAGGUUCCUCUCAACUAUGGAAUAAAAUUAAUUAACAUAACUAAAUCAAUGGCAUAUGGAGCAGUGUAUAUUGGAGCUGAUGGUAUUAAUUAUGAUCUUCCAAGAAACUAUUCGGACAAUUAUAAAGUUAUGUUCCAUUAUACUAAUACACCAAUGAAGAACGGCAUCACAAAUGGUCAUUCAAAUUUAUGAAGGUUCUAUUUGUAGACUUGUGUUGCGCAUUAAGUUUCUCUAAAGGCAAUUGACCGACUAAGCCCGAUGUGAUAAAGGCCAAUUUUCUAAUAUACCUAUGUUUUUUUUUUGUUGUUAUUUACUUAUAUUUUUUUUUGUUUCUAUUAAAUUAACUUUAAUUUAGUUGUAUAGUUAAAUAGUUAAACAAAUGAAAAUAAUCUUAACUAUUAUUGGUAAUAUUUGUAAAAUAUAAAAAUUUUGAUACGAAAAUCCUAUUACGUAUACUUACGUAUUCUAUACAUACGAGUAGGUAUAUAUGAAUUAUAUCGUUUAAAAUUAAGAAAAAUAAAAAUAUUUGCAAAACUCUUAAAAUAUUGAGUUGAAAUGUGA